AUGUUUACCAGGCUUUUUGGGAAACCUAAACAGGAAGGCAAUGCCCUGACCACCUUAGACAAAUUAAAUGAGACACUUGAAAUGCUAGAGAAAAAGGAAAAAGUACUACAGAAAAAGGCUGCUGCAGAAGUUGAAAGGGCCAAGGAAUUCACCAGAGCAAAGAACAAAAGGGCGGCUAUACAAUGUUUAAAGAGGAAGAGGUUAUAUGAACAACAAAUAGAACAGCUUGGAAAUUUCCAGUUGCGUAUCCAUGAUCAGAUGAUAAUGCUAGAAGGUGCAAAAGCCACAACCGAAACUGUAGAUGCCUUGAGAACUGGAGCAGCUGCAAUGAAGGCAAUGCAGAAAGCAACGAACAUAGAUGAUGUGGACAAGACCAUGGAUGAGAUUAAUGAGCAGACAGAGAACAUGAAACAGAUACAGGAAGCGUUGUCAUCUCCAAUUGGUGCAGCUGCUGAUUUUGAUGAGGAUGAACUGGAAGCAGAACUUGAAGAGCUGGAAGGCGCUGAGUUGGAAGAACAACUUCUCCAGCCAGCAACAACAGCUCCUGCUGCUCCAGUGCAAGCCCCAGCAGGAAGGCAACCAACCCGUCCUAUUCCCCAGAAGCGCACUGCUGAAGAAGAUGAAUUGGCUGCUUUGCAGGCUGAGAUGGCACUUUGA